UACUCUGAGGAUAUUCUUGGUUGCGUUCCGGAUACCAUAAGUUUUUUCUUCUGUGGCUAACCACCCGAACGACGUUUCCAACCAGCUACAUUAUCGUCGGCUGGUGUACUUGACCAAAAAAACCAAUAAAAAGCCGUAAAAAUGUUAGGACGUAUCGCGCCUGGUGUCGCCCAGGUGACGGCGGUGGUCAGUCACCAGCAGAACAGGAAUAUGGCCACUCUGAAGUUCAUUUCCCUCCGUCUGAAGUCCGUAACGAACAUUAAGAAGAUCACCCAAUCCAUGAAGAUGGUGUCCGCUGCCAAGUACUCCCGUGCUGAGCGUGACCUGAAGGCCGCGCGCCCCUACGGAGAGGGUGCUGUCCAGUUCUAUGAGAAAGCUGAGGUCCAGGCACCUGAAGAUGAGCCCAAGCAGCUCUACAUUGCCAUGACCUCCGACAGAGGUCUGUGCGGCGCCGUCCACACCGGCGUGUCCAAGGUCAUUCGUCUCCGCCUCGCCGAGCCCGGCGCCGAGAACAUUAAGGUCAUCUGCGUCGGCGACAAGUCGCGCGCUAUUCUGUCCCGUCUGUACGGGAAGCACAUCAUCUCUGUGUGCAACGAGAUCGGCCGCCUCCCCCCCACGUUCCUCGACGCCGCAAAGCUCGCUAACGGCAUCCUCACCUCCGGCUACGAGUUCGGCUCCGGCAAGAUCAUCUACAACAAGUUCCGCUCCGUCGUGUCCUACGAGCAGGCCGACCUUCCCCUGUUCAGCAGGCAGGCUGUCGAGGCUGCUCCCAAGCUGGCGGUGUACGACUCCCUGGACUCGGAAGUGCUGCAGUCCUACAUGGAGUUCUCGCUGGCCUCCAUGCUCUACUACGCUCUGAAGGAGGGGGCGUGCUCGGAGCAGUCGUCGCGCAUGACGGCGAUGGACAACGCUUCAAAGAACGCGGGCGAGAUGAUCGACAAGUUGCAGCUCACGUACAACCGCACGCGCCAGGCCGUCAUCACCAGGGAGCUCAUCGAGAUCAUCUCCGGCGCCGCCGCGCUCGAGUAAACAUAACGGGGGCUUGUGCAUAAAUCACGUGAGGUUCGAUAGGGGGAGGAAAAAUCACGACAGAUCACGUUGAGGGUAUAAGGAAACCUCACAUGCUCUACAGUGAACUUAAUCGCGUAUUGAUUAAGUAGUUUGUCAAAGGACUGUCUCAUUUCAAACAUAGUUUUGAAUGAUUCACGGUUAGUUUCACUAGACUUAUAUUGACCGGGAUAUAGACCGUGAUUACCUUUUGUAUUAUUUGUGAGCUCCCGAUAUUUCGACGCAGUUACAUGCAUCAUGUUCACGGGUGACUGAAGAUGGCGGGUGGGUGUCAAAGUUGUGUAGACAGCGCUCUGUCUACCCUCAUUCUGGCGAGUCGGCUGCGUUCACUUUCAACGUUACCAACGGUCGCAUUCACACUUGUUGGUCCGGUCGCGUUCACACUCGUUGGUCUGUCCAAACACACUACACUCACGGUGUCACUACGCGUGUUUGAUUCGGAUAUCACUGGUUCACUGGUGGUUUGGGUAUCACUGGUGUAUCACGGUCUAUAUCCCGGUCAAUUAAAGUCUAGUGAAUCAUACUCUUUGUCUUACACUAGUACAGUCGAGUUCAUAAAUAUGCAUUUUUUCACCUUGAAUUAAGGUGAAGAAAUGAUACGCGAUUAAGUAGUUUGUCAAAGGACUGUCUCAUUUCAAACAUAGAGAGAAUCAUACAAUCUUUGUCUUACACAAGUACUGGCACCUAAAAGAAAAGAAAAGUUUUUUGUACUUACUGACAAGAUUUGCUUGACAAACAGGGGGGGUAUAAGGAGACCUCACGUGUAUUUUUAAUGUGAAGUGUGAAAUUGGGUCAAAAAUAUAUACGUAAGGAUAUGUGGGGGGGGGGGGGGGUGUCGAACCUCGCGUGAUUUGUACUCGACUAAUAAGCCUGAAAUUCGUCGUCGAAAAUCAUUGUUUUAUUUAUAAUAUACUGCCGUUUAAAAAAUGUAAACAAUAGAAAAAAUGUACCAUAUUGCUGACGUUAUCGGACAGUGUUCACAUUUAUAUGUAAAAAAACACGCAUUUAUAUACUUAACUGGCUAUAACACCUUUUUAUAAAUAUAUUUGGACACUGUUUGAGAUUCAUGGUCGAUCAUGGUUGGAACGGUGAAAGUGGUGGUUUAAAUAAUAAAGUAUCGUUUAGAUUUA